GCGUCUACCUCUAGUAGCUCUCUGCUCCUCCACCGCCCCUCCCAGCACCAUGCCCUACAACUGCUGCCUGCCCAACCUGAGCUGCCGCACCAGCUGCUCCUCCCGGCCCUGCAUUCCCCCCAGCUGCCACGGCUGCACCCUGCCCGGGGCCUGCAACAUCCCCGCCAAUGUGGGCAACUGCAACUGGUUCUGCGAGGGCUCCUUCAACGGCAGCGAGAAGGAGACCAUGCAGUUCCUGAACGACCGCCUGGCCAGCUACCUGGAGAAGGUGCGGGAGCUGGAGCGGGAGAAUGCGGAGCUGGAGAGGCAGAUCCAGGAGCGGAACCAGCAGCAGGAGCCCUUGCUGUGCCCCAGCUACCAGUCCUACUUCCGCACCAUCGAGGAGCUGCAGCAGAAGAUUCUGUGCUCCAAGUCUGAGAACACCAGGCUGAUGGUGCAGACUGACAAUGCUAAGCUGGCCGCCGACGACUUCAGGACGAAGUACGACACUGAGCUGUCCCUGCGGCAGCUGGUGGAGUCCGACAUCAACAGCCUGCGCCGGAUCCUGGACGAGCUCACCCUGUGCAAGUCUGACCUGGAGGCGCAGGUGGAGUCGCUGAGGGAGGAGCUGCUGUCCCUCAAGAAGAACCAUGAGGAGGAAGUGAACACCCUGCGCUGCCAGCUCGGGGACCGCCUCAACGUGGAGGUGGACGCUGCGCCCUCCGUGGACCUGAACCGCGUGCUCAACGAAGUCAGGAGCACCUACGAGGCCGUGGUGGAGACCAACCGCAGGGAGGUGGAAGAGUGGUACACCACACAGACCGAGGAGCUGAACAAGCAGGUGGUGUCGAGCUCUGAGCAGCUGCAGUCCUACCAGGCGGAGAUCAUCGAGCUGAGACGCACGGUCAACGCCCUGGAGAUCGAGCUGCAGGCCCAGCACAACCUGAGAAACUCCCUGGAGAACACGCUGAACGAGAGCGAGGCCCGCUACGGCUCGCAGCUGGCGCAGGUGCAGCACCUGAUCGGCAGUGUGGAGUCGCAGCUGGCGGAGAUCCGGAGUGACCUGGAGCGGCAGAACCAGGAGUACCAGGUGCUGCUGGACGUGCGGGCGCGGCUGGAGUGCGAGAUCAACACGUACCGGGGGCUGCUGGAGAGCGAGGACUGCAAGCUCCCCUGCAACCCAUGUGCCACCACCAACGCCAGCGGCAGUUCCUGCCGGCCCUGUGGCAGCUGUCAGAAGCGUUGUUAGUUGAGCAGCCGCGUCCUCUUUGAAGACGUCUGUGAAGCUAUUUGGAUCAAGCCCAGGAAGGAUCCUCAGGGCCUCCCGCGCCCAGGACUCAGCUGCCAUUAAUCCCAGCACCGAUUCUAGACCCUGACAUGUUUUCCAGACCCAACAAGCAAGGACACCUUUCAACUGCCGAUGUCAGGAGGACUCCUGGGGGUCUGGGGUUGUGCCUCUUCCUUUCAGAGGCCAGGCUGUUCAGCUCCCUGCAGGCUGGGCUCCAAGGAUUACUUCGGGACAUUUCUUGAACGUACUGCAAUUUCCUGCUUUCCUUUCUUCUCUGCUGUUCUCUUGAAUGCAAGCAGGCGACUUCAUUUACCUCCCAAUAAACUUCAUUCCUCUGGCAUAGCAAA